GACCGUUUGCUGUCGUAUGUGGACGUCGAAUUGCGCUUAGCGUGUUCGGGACACUAUUUGAACAUUGCUGAGACAAUUUUAACGGUUGCGACUUUUUGGACAAAUUUUGUAAAUGUUAUUGAUUGGUUUACAAACAGUGGCUGGGAAAAAAUUGAGAAAACAAAUAAGUUUUGUUCGGGUAUUUGAGUGAAAUGUGUUAUUGAGCUGUGUUAGGAUUAGUGAUUUUUUCUUUUAAUUAUAUAAAUUUUUACGACUAUGGAAGAAAUACCAGAAGCUUUGAACUUUACGGGAAGGGGAGGAAGUAGUUUGAAUACGGAUCAUGGACUUAAUGCUGACUUAUUGGGAUCAGAUUUACAUAAAAUUAAAUCUGAACCAGAUGUCGUACCCUACAAUAGUAUUCUUCCUUCCCUCUCACUGUCUUUGCACAAUCACGCAAUGCCUCCUGUUAGCACCUUCACAUCGAUAACCAAUACUGCGUUGGCGGGAAGCACAACACCGGGUCCGCACACACCUAGCAUCGAUUCCAAUGAGGAGUCUCGUGCUCCGUCUACCUCAUCUUGCAAUUCGCCCCAACCUCAACCAUCUUCGUCGACGGCGACUUCAACUUCCAAUUCCUCUUCUUCGAAUAACAAUCAAAGUAAACCACCUUAUUCGUAUGUAGCUCUUAUAGCCAUGGCCAUACAGAGUAGUCAUCUUAAAAAGGCGACGCUAUCGGAAAUUUAUCAGUACAUCACGUCGAAGUUUCCGUACUUCGAGAGAAAUAAGAAAGGAUGGCAGAACUCCAUAAGACAUAAUCUGAGUCUCAACGAAUGCUUUGUUAAGAUACCUCGGGAAGGGGGCGGUGAACGCAAAGGUAACUAUUGGACGCUGGAUCCUCAAUACGAAGACAUGUUCGAAAACGGCAAUUACAGAAGACGAAGAAGAAUGAAGCGACCUUAUCGCUCCGCCCAACCGUAUCCGAAAGCCUUCUUCGGCGACGCCCUAGGUCAACACGCUUUACCUUUAGCUAGAAAUAUAUUUACGCCACCUACAUAUCCUCCAGAAUUUUCAAGGUACGGUGAUUGGAUUGGACAGUCCCAGCUUCCUUGUUAUACAACUUGCAAUACGGCAGCGUACCCCCAACAAGGUUACCCUUCCGCGGCAGCUUUCGGUGCGUGUAACGUACGACAAGAAGCAGCGACCAGAUACCCUCCACCUUAUUGGCCCCCCGAAGGAGACUAUUCGCCUGGAUCACACGGUUCACCACCAACUGAUACACAAUUACUACUUCAAUGGUGACUCUUGUUGAACAAAGGAAUGUGAUUUAAAUAAAGAGAGGUUGGUUGAUUGUCGAUAGUGAAGUGUUUAUAGGAUUUUGUAAAAUAAUUGGUUUUCUUGUGAUUUUUAUGAUGAGUUUAUCUUAAUGUAAGGAUGCAAUGAAAGGUAAAAUUAUUUCUAAUUUUUAUUAGUAUUAUCUAGAUUUUUUAGAAAUUCACUUGAUCUUGUUAAGCAAUCAAAUAAAACAAAUUUUUAUCUACCAAAGAAUUAUAAUAGUCAGAGAAAAAUAACAAAAGAAUUAGCUAUUUUCUAUACCAAACUAGCUGAUCCUUCAAACCUCGUACCGCUCAAAGUAAAUCAUAAAAGCUACGGCCUACUGGAAUAGUUACCUGUGCAGAUUUACUUAAGCAGGUCAUCCGAACGUCGCACACAAACGAAAAAUCGAAAAUGUAUAUGAUAAAACAAAAAAAAAUGGGUUGAUCAAAACAUCUAAUUACUUCCUAAGCUUUUCUAGCUUUGCGGGUGUUAUACGUGUGUGGAAUCAGCUACGAUGUAGUCUCAUUUCUCUAAAGUCUCAUCAAUUCUUUUCGUUUUAUUCCAUUUCAUCUUAACUUCCUCAUUCCAUGUUUUCUUGUUCUUUCUUUUUUGCUGUUCUUGUCCUAUACUUUCCUAAGCAUUUUGUUGUCUCCGUUUCUUAUUACAAGUUCAAACUAUUUCAGCUGCGCUUCCUCUAUUUUAGUACCUAUAGGUUUUGUACCUAGAUUUUAUUAUUUCUUAUCAUAUGAUAUUAUACAGGGUGUUCCACGACGAGCUGAAACUAUCUGUAUAUGGCAAAACACUUAUAGUAAAAUCAUGAAAAUUUCUACGUUUGGGUUUAAGUAGAAUACCCUAUAUAUCAAUACAUUUUUGAUAUCUACGUGAAAUUUUAGUAUAGUUCUGUCUAAAAACUUUUCUCGAAAAAUGCAUACUUUUCGAGUUAUUAAUUUUUUUGUAAAAAAUUUGACUGUUGCAGACCCUUAUAAAUUAUUUUUUACGAGAAUGUUCAAAGUUUAACUUCAUAAAUAUCAAAUUUCUUUAUUUUUUUUUUUAAUAGAACCACUUAGUUUUUUCUAUUUUAAUAGAAGAUUAGUAAAUACAAUUGGAUUGGUUUUUUUUAUAGACCUUGACAAGAUAAAGAAAAAUACUUAACAUCUGGAUAACGGUAAGGUUUAUGUAUAGAAAAGUAUACAUGAAUUUGUCUUAUCUUUUACCCCUGAAUUCAUUAAAAUAGAAAAAACCGGGUGGUUCUAUUUGAAAAAAUAAAGAAAUUUGAUAUGUAUGAAGUUAAACUUUGAACGCUUUUUAUACACACCCUGUAUAAAAUGAAAAAAUUUUCAACAUAGAUUCAAAUACGUCUGACUUUGAUAAAAGCAACCGAAUAGAAACCAUUUUCAUAUCUUUAAGGGUUUCCUCGUAAAAAAAUAAUUUAUAAAGGUCUGCAACGGUCAAAUUUUUUACAAAAAAUUUAAUGUAUUAAUAUAUAGGAUAGAACCGGAAGUCGGCCAUCUUUGUUAGUUUAGUUAAAAAGAUUGCAUUUGAAAACCCGAACGUAGAAAUUUUCAUGAUUUUACUAUAAGUAUUUUGCCAUAUACAGACAGUUUUAACUCGUCUCAACCUACAUUUUUUUUCUUUCAUGAGAAAAGUUUUGAAAAAGCACACCACACGUGUUAAGUUUAAAACGAAUUGAAACAAUUCGCCUUUACCGCUAUCGAUAGUGGAUUUGAAGAGUACACUACUAAAAUCAGUGCCCAAGUGAAAGAAUACUACACUAUACAAGGCCGAAUGCACACGAAUCAACUCAAAAAAAAACCUCAGUUUGCAACCUUUGUAUUUGAAUGGGAAACUACAGACGGGGCAACGGGCAACUGGUUGCUAACCUGUUUAAAGAAACUCGACUAGUGGAUUAAAUAACAUCUUGAAUCAACUCAAAGGUCUUCUUAAUGGACGAUGGUUAUUUUAGUUUCAAUCUAAUCACGAUACGACUUUUUCACUUCAACAAGUUAGUAAUUUUGUUUUAUAGUAGAAUUACUUUCUUCAUAUAUUUAUUAUUUUUUUAUGAGAAAAGCAAGGACAAGAUAUUGAACCCUCUCGUAAUUGGAGUAGUACCUGCCGUUUGGAGAUGCCUGUAGAUAUUGAUCUUGAACUUCAGUUGGUUAUAGUGUUCAGGAAAGACGUGCCUUUGUAGCUGAUUCCAAAGACUUGCACUUCUCCAAAGGAAUAAUUCUUGAUUUGAUUAAUUGACGAUCUGAAUGUCUGCAGGCAAACUCUGUGAUCAUGCGCUGUGUCUGUCUGCCGUUCAAACUGCUAUAGGUGGGAUUAUGUUGGAUAAUUCGGAAGAGCAUGCGUUUUGGUAGUAUCGGUAAAACAGAAUCAGCUCAGCGACGUUUCUUCUAUCCUCCAAGUUUCUGGUCAACGCCUGUAAUUCGAAUUACUCUCUUCUAUAUUGAGUCGAACAUCCUCUGGAGGUACGAGCUCUAACUGUGCGAGCAAUAUUCUAACGAUGGACGAAUAGGAUAUUUUGUGCAUUAUUAAGAGAAAAAAUUUGACUGGAUUCUUUGGUUUUUAAAGUUAAACUUGAGAAGGAUAUGAACUAUUGUUUACUUUUGCGUCAAUCAGGUCACAAUUGAGUCUGCUGUGUUUGCAGAGACAUAUCACUUGUAAGUUGGCAACCAUUUGGUGAUUUCCGUCACUUUUGAGCUUAGUUCCUUUUAAAUUGAUACAUGUGUAUUGGGCAUAACCGUUUACAGUUAGUUAAUUAUUGUUUAUAGUGCUCAGUGUACCAUUUUAUGAUCCAAUAGUAUCUAUAUAUACAUUUAAUUAUGUUUCGCAAAAGUAAUUACAAAAUAUUUGUAACUUUUCCAUCUAGUAUAUUACGGGAUGAGUCAUGAAGAACUUUACAUACUUCUCCCCUAGGAAGUGUACUACAUAUGAUAGAAGGAUGUACAGUUCCUCAUAGUUAACCCUAUAUAAAAAUAUUUCAAAUAAAAAUGUUUUAUUUGAAAUAAACCUUUCUUGUAAUCUUACAUUUUGGAUUUUCUAAUCUUAGUUUAUAUAAUGUACAAAUGUGGGAAUUGUAUAUAUGUUUUAUCGUAGUAAUACUUUGUUAAAAAUUAUCUAAAUACCCCCGUAUCGUUUUAAAAUUAUUAUACGCAAUAUUGAUAAGAAGAUCCAGUAAUUGUACAUUAAUAUCAUCAUUAAUUUGGGUUUAUACGUCAGAGAAUUUGAUACAAAUUAAACAUAAAAUUUAAAAUAAUGUAAAAGUUUUAAUUUUCUAUUUUUUGCUGAAAGGUUUGUGAUAGUGAGACUCAUAACCUUACUUACAAAACGUCAUUUUGUGGUUUUUACAGGGGUCGCUACAGUAUAAAGUGCUGGACAGUUCUAAAAAAUAAUUAGACCUAGCAAUUUUUAAAAGAAAGACAAAUUUUGACGUUUCGACUUGAUCUUAUUCUUAUAUAAAAAAAAAUUGAUGAUUUCCAUUCCGAGUCCGUUCAGGCGUUCUACCCAACGGAUUUGCUUAAUUUUUUUUUUUCAACGAAAAGUAUUGAUGCACAGAUCAGUCAUCAACCAUCGGAUUUCAUCUAAUUUUCACCAUUCUCAAGUUAUACUCAAAUGCGAUUUCCCCCUGUACAUUACUUAUGUGAGUUUUUCACAUACACACGUUCUAUCCUCGAUAUCUCAGGCUCUAUUCAAGAUAGAGAUUUCGUUUUGGUUUAAGAACACUCGCUGAAACACCUUCUUUCUUCUGAGUUUUUGAACACUUAAAUCGGUUGAGUUGGAGAGGAGCUAGGCGCGGACAUUCAAUGUGGAGUUAUGGAUUUUUGUAGGUUUUUGGCAAUUUUUCUACAUUUAAAGAUCUGUAUCUCAGGUUCUAAUAUAGCUACAGAGUUCGUUUUGGUUUAAGAACACUCGCUGAAAUACCUUCUUUCUUCUGAGUUUUUGAACACUUAAAUCGGUUGAGUUGGAGAGGAGCUAGGCGCGGACAUUCAAUGUGGAGUUAUGGAUUUUUGUAGGUUUUUGGCAAUUUUUCUACAUUCAAAGAUCUAUAUCUCAGGUUCUAAUAUAGCCACAGAGUUCGUUUUGAUUUAAGAACACUCGCUGAAAUACCUUCUUUCUUCUGAGUUUUUGAACACUUGAAUCGGUUGAGUUGGAGAGGAGCUAAGCGCGGACAUUCAAUGUGGAGUUAUGGAUUUUUGUAGGUUUUUGGCAAUUUUUCUACAUUCAAAAAUCUGUAUCUCAGGUUCUAAUAUAGCUACAGAGUUCGUUUUGGUUUAAGAACACUCGCUGAAACACCUUCUUUCUUCUGAGUUUUUGAACACUUAAAUCGGUUGAGUUGGAGAGGAGCUAGGCGCGGACAUUCAAUGUGGAGUUAUGGAUUUUUGUAGGUUUUUGGCAAUUUUUCUACAUUCAAAGAUCUAUAUCUCAGGUUCUAAUAUAGCCACAGAGUUCGUUUUGAUUUAAGAACACUCGCUGAAAUACCUUCUUUCUUCUGAGUUUUUGAACACUUGAAUCGGUUGAGUUGGAGAGGAGCUAAGCGCGGACAUUCAAUGUGGAGUUAUGGAUUUUUGUAGGUUUUUGGCAAUUUUUCUACAUUCAAAAAUCUGUAUCUCAGGUUCUAAUAUAGCUACAGAGUUCGUUUUGGUUUAAGAACACUCGCUGAAAUACCUUCUUUCUUCUGAGUUUUUGAACACUUGAAACGGUUGAGUUGGAGAGGAGCUAGGCGCGGACAUUCAAUGUGGAGUUAUGGAUUUUUGUAGGUUUUUGGCAAUUUUUCUAUAUUCAAAGAUCUAUAUCUCAGGUUGUAAUAUAGCUACAGAGUUCGUUUUGAUUUAAGAACACUCGCUGAAACACCUUCUUUCUUCUGAGUUUUUGAACACUUAAAUCGGUUGAGUUGGAGAGGAGCUAGGCGCGGACAUUCAAUGUGGAGUUAUGGAUUUUUGUAGGUUUUUGGCAAUUUUUCUACAUUCAAAGAUCUAUAUCUCAGGUUCUAAUAUAGCCACAGAGUUCGUUUUGAUUUAAGAACACUCGCUGAAACACCUUCUUUCUUCUGAGUUUUUGAACACUUAAAUCGGUUGAGUUGGAGAGGAGCUAGGCGCGGACAUUCAAUGUGGAGUUAUGGAUUUUUGUAGGUUUUUGGCAAUUUUUCUACAUUCAAAGAUCUAUAUCUCAGGUUCUAAUAUAGCUACAGAGUUCGUUCUUUUCUAUUAUAAUGAUUUCUGAUACUUAUUUAAUGGAUUCGAUGCGAGCGAAGCCGCAGGUAAAAGCUAGUAAAGACUUAAAGAAAAGUCGAAACGUCAAAAUUUGUCUUUCUUUUAAAAACUAUCAAAAAAACUAAUUUUGAAACAGAAGAGACCUAAAAUCAAGAACAUUUAGAUGCAUAAAAAUAAUAAUUACAUAAUUUGAAUAUUAAUACUCUAAAUUAAUACAACAUUUUCUAUUAAUGAGACAAAAAUUAUAUAUUAAUAGAGUCGACAAGUGAAUUAACCAACACACCUUCAUAUUCACGCCGUUUCAGUUUCAUUAUCCAUCUGGGAUACAAGAUUUUGCUCUGCCUACUCUUUCCAUAAUUUACAGUCACGUGUUAUAUUCCAAGCGGUUUGAUAGAGUAGCAUGUUCUACUCCAAAAGCUCGCUGCAUUCAGUUCCGACAAUCGCAUACCGGAAUGCGUCACUAUUCUUGUUAAGCGCCUUCACAAAGUUAGACUUAUAUUUGAUGUUCACAUUGCCCGAAAUUUAGCCGUUUUGUAUAUGUCAUGACUUCUAUUUCUGGAGAAGGUACUAAGAGUCAAGUAGAAUUUAGAUAUCAGUAGAGAUUGCGUCUGUCUUAUGAAUUAUUAAAGGCCAGUAAAUAGAGCAAUUUUUCUCCCAAAAGUUCAACUUAAAUUGCUCCUACGAUUUUUUUUUGCUUUGUGGUCGUCGCAGUGUGCUAAAUCAUUACCAACAAUCUUAUCACCCUCUUAGAGGGGUGCUACCCCCUUAAAAUGGAAAAAACGUAUUUUUGGGAGGUAUUCUCUAAAAAACGUGCAAUUUAUCAGUUUUGGGAUAUAAAUCCUCCCUCCCCAAAUAUGUGGAAUCACUGCUUUCAGAUAUAAAUACGAAUGAAAACUCGAGAAAUGUCGUUAUUGAGUUUUGAAAGUUCAGUUACGUGAAUCGUUUUCAUUAAUAAAUUCAUAUAAACUUGUAUAAAUCAAACGUAGAAACCGGGCCUAACGGAUAAGUAUUUUUUUUUUCAUUUAUAUUGAGGAAGGGUACAAAGAAAUUAAAUCACGAGAAAUCACCAUCAAGAAAUGGGUAGAACAAUAUACGAGUAUUUAUUUAAUCAUCGAACUCAUCAUCCCUCUCAUCGUAACUAUCUGCGUUCUCACAGUCUGGGACUAUCACCGCUCGGACUAGGUCCCUGACCGACAAUGUAUUGUAAACGUCGACAUAGCUAUGUUUUCAGCUACUACAAGAUUGACUGAGUUUUAUCUAAAAUCCCUGAAAGUAAGCGCAUUUUUAUAAAGCUUCUCAAAGAGAUUAGAUAUUCCCCUCCAGAUUCCACUUUGAUUCAUGUUAAUGCGUGCGCUUAUUCCUGAGAUAAUAACAUUCGAAGUUAUCAACUCUGUCAAGAUUUAAUAACCCAAAAAAAGCGAAUUUUCGAAAAUAAUCGUAUUUGAAACCAGCAUUACUGGUACCGAAUAAAUGUUAUGGAAUUUAAAAAUUAAGUACUCCUCAACUCUUAAUUUUACUCGCUACAAAGAUAGAGAUAAGAUUUCAGUGAUCUCGAGCAUUAUUUCACGCAGUUAUUGACAAUAUGUCAAUAGAAAGCUCAAAUAUUUAUCUUCAAAAUAACGUAAGAUUUCUCAAAAUCGGACAUUUCUAUCGAGAGUUAUCGAUUUUUAAUCCCCGCGCUGGUUGAAAAAAUGCAGAUCGCGAAAACGCUUACCUUCAACAAUUUUUUUCUGGAAUACGGUGCAAUUUGGCGAAAUUGUUGAAGGAACCUUUUUUUUUGUAAAAUUUUGUGCCCUUUCUGAAUCUAUAGUUUUUUUUUGAUAAGACAAUGAUUUUUUGAGAUAUUCUGAAAUUACCUCAAAAAACACCCUUUUUGGCACUUUUCAUUUUGAAGUCAUCUAACUCUGAUAAUGUUGACUCUGAGUAUUUGCAAAGAUAAUAAUUCCUUGAAUUGGGCCUCCUUAUUUAUUACGAAGAAAACUGUUGAAGAGGUCUCUGAAGAAAAACUCGCUGUUUUAUCGUUAAAGUUACCCAAAGUUUGGCGAUCGAAAAAUGACUUCUCUCUUUUUCGGGGCUCUAUUCUCAUUAUCUCUCAAGAAUAAAUCAUUUUUCAAACCCCCAUAGAAGUUUAGAGGACCCAUCAAAUUGUCCAAGGUCAAUCAUCAAUCACUAAUAAUUUCAGAAUGAGGAAUUCAUUUUCAGAAUAAAACUGUAGGGGUAAAUUAUCGAAAGACUUGACCUGGCUCAUAGCAGAUGCAGCUCCGACAGAACCCUAAAUCAGCCUGGUGUUUAUAGGCCGAGCACCAGGUACUUUUUUUGCAAAGUUUUGGACAAUAGAUUUUUUUUAAAUAUAUUCAGGUGAGUUCCCUGCAUGUGAAUCCAAGUGUUGUCAUGGGGGCACCACCUGCGUCAGACGUCAUCUUGAAAAACACGUUUUAUCGAAUAUCACGCGAACCGAGCAUUGUACCACAAAAAUAAUACAGAUCAUUUUUAUAGAUUAUGAUUUUUGCCAUCUUUUUUAUUUGAAAAUUUUUUUUAUAAAACGCAUAGGUUUUUAAUUAUAGCGCUUCAAACUUUAUCAUGUUAACUGUUAACUAUAUAUUUAGCAAAAACAAUAUUGUCGUAGGAUGGACGGUUUACGAGAUAUUCAAUAAAACGUUUUUUUCAAGAUGGCGGACGACGCGGGGCCCCCAUAACGCCCAACUUGGAUUUAUAUUCAGGGGGGGAGUCCUCUGAAUAUAUGCACAUAAACCAAAAAAAUCCUUCUAGAACUUUGCAUUAUGAACCUACUUUUUUGGCUCUGGCGCUUGGCCCAUUUGUCUAUAUGUCAAAAAACGAUUGGUUUGGAGAAAAAAAAAUAUGACGUGAUAGAGUAUUUUAGGAUUAAAGAUGAUAGGUUGACACAUAUACAGGGUGUCCCAUGACGAUUUAAAACUAUUCGUAUAUGGCAAAAUACUAAUAGUAAAAGCAUGAACAUUUUUACGUUUGAGUUUUUGGAUAUGAUCUUUGUAACUAAAAUAUUUUAAAAGAUGACCGACUUCCGGAUCUACCGGAAGUCGACUGUAACAUUGUUAUUUCCAAUAGAACACCCUGUAUAUUAAUACAUUUUUGAAAUCUACGAAAAAUUUUAGUUUAAAUUGUUUAAAAACUUUUUUCGAAAAAUGCAUAAUUUUUGAGUUAUUAAUUGUUUUAUAAGAAAUCUGACCGUUGCAGACCCUUAUAAAUAAUUUUUUUACGAAGAUACCCUUAAAGAUAUGAAAAUAGUUUCUAUUCGGUUGUUUUUAGCAAUAUUAGACGUAUUUGAAUCUAUGUUGAAAAAUUUUUUAUUUUAUACAGGGUGUCUAUAAAAAGUGUUCAAAGUUUAACUUCAUAAAUAUCAAAUUUGUCUACAGUACUAUUAAGGGAUCUUUUUAUUAAAUAAACGAUAUGAAUCUAUUAGACAGAAUUACAAUUUUAUUUUUAUUUCCUAUUAUAUUUUGUUAACUCUUGUUACUGAUAUUUUGUGUUCAUUGUACAAAAAAUAAGACUUAUAGUCAUAUAAAAUGCAUUUAUAUCAGUGUUUCACAACUUAUGGGACGCUCCUUCAUAAGCGGCCACCAUAACUUCUCGUAGUGGUUGCCAGUACUUAAAAAUGAAAAAAAAAACGAUUGAUAAUAUUGAAAAAUAUAUGAUUCGCAAAAAGAAAAGCAAAAUGAUAUUCGUUCCGAUGUAACAACCAAUUAAAUUAAUAGAGUAAUGUUUGAACUAAUAUAAUUAAUUAUUCUAAAUGUGAUUAAAUUAUACUUUAACUGAGAGAAAAAAAAAUAAUAUUAACGAAUCUUAAUGUCAAUCUUAUUUACUCCACAAUGACCUUUUGAUCCUCUGGAACGAAUUUAUGGUGAAACUCUCGACAGUAAUUGCCGAUUUCGGCUCAAGUUUUGAGUUCCAUUCAAUGGCAGGCAGUUUCAACGUCUCUUUACCAAUAAUUUGGGGUAUUUAACUACGUUAUACAGAAUCUAUCUUCGGACCUUUUGGUACGAGUCUAUAAAUGACCCACUUCGUACCCAAAACAUUAACCAAAAUAUGUUCAGUUCGUCCACAAGACAAGACGAGAGCUUCGACUAUCUUUGAAAUUCCAUAUUGACGAUUUAUAAGUACCAUUACCAUUAUAUUAUAGUCUUCAAAACAGGAGAAUGGUGGACUAGCAUGAGCUAAGCUUUGAACGACUUGACGACUUUCACUGAAUGCUUUGCGUCACUCAAAUAUUUGUAUUUGUACAAGUAGACUGUGAAGUAUGAAGUAGACUACUCAAAACACGACAUUUUCAACGAUUUUAUAGCCGUAAUUCCGUUAAAAAUACAAAAUUUCCAUUCGUUAUUCAACUUCUCAUAAGAAGAUUUUAUAAAAUAGGUAAAGGGAAUAUGCUCACAUUAAUAAGAUUCCUUUAUACAACACAAAAAAACGAUUCUUCAUCUAUUUUUCAGUUUUCUUUUUUUCAAAUUUUUAUAACUGUAAAUAAAUUGGUUAAAUGCACAUAGUAUGUUGUUAUUAUGUAAGUAUGUGUAAGUAUUCUUCAUUUUUAUUAUUUUUUUUUACUUAAAAAAAAUAUUCUUCAGUCUUGAUAACAAAAACUAUAUAAAUUUAAAAAUAACAUAGUUUCCAAAACAAAACCAAAGUUUUUUAUUGUUUUAAGAAGGGGGGAAACUUUUUUUAAACUGAAACAUUUUUAGCAAAAACCUUUUUAAAAAUUUCUCCUGUUUUCCAAAAUGUCUCAAAAACUAUACGAUAUGGGUACAUACAAAUCGAUUGAGAACAAAAAGUUAGUAUUUUUUUAACAAAUAUUUUCUUUUUUUAAAUUUUCUGUAACUUUUGAAAUAACUGAGGUGAAGAAGUUUAUAAACUUAUAGGUUAUAAAAUUUUCUAUAUAUAUAUCUGCGUUUUCAGCGACUAAUUUGCUUGAAAAUUAACGGAGAUAUGGCCAAAAAACUAAAUACAAUAUAAUUUUCCUUUUUAAUUUAAAAAAUUUCCAGUGUAAUUAAACAUCGUACAAAGUUUAUUAAUAAUUUUUUCAUGUCAUAAAGGAUAAUUUAUAGUGGUUGAGCAUUUUAAAUACAUCAUAUUCAAGUUAAAAUAUAUAAAAAAAUGUCAAUUAGAAAUAAAUAUAUCCAAAAAUUGUAUAAGUACGUCUGUAAAUAUUUUUUUACAUUUUUGUCCGAAAUAGAAAAUUCUAAAUAUAAAAUAUUCAAGUCGCAAUGGAUAAAAAGAUGUCCAUACGUCUAUAAAUAUUUUUUUUCUAAUUUUUUUGUAGACAAGGAAAUAUUUAUAAGGGUUGAAGAUUUAGGACGCAAAAUAUUUGAAUUCAACACAAACAAAAUGAGUCAAUUUAAUAUGAGUACAACAAAGUAAUUAAAUAAUAUUUUUUAAUUUUAUAUUAACCGGGGGUGCUUUAUAAGGGAUAAAAUAUAUCAAGCGGGAUUAAAAAAUUAUAAAUACUAUAUUAAAGCAAAGCAAGAACUUUGAUUCAAACCUUAAAAGUAUUUUUUUACACAUUAAAUGCUUGUAAUUAAAAUUUUAAUGAUUUGUUACAAUAAGGGGUAGUUUCCAUGCCUAAGAAUAAUAAGCACAUAUCAGCAUAGGGUAAAUUUUAAAGAUAAGGGUAAAUCAAGCUUAAUUUCAAAUUUUCAUGUAAGGUGAUGCAGGUUCAUGGAAAUUGGUAGCCCGAACUAUCAUUGACAAAACAUUCUACAAAAGACAACUGAACACUAGGGAUAUUUAAUUUCUCGAUCAACUCUACCCUCUUUUUGCAGCGUGAUUUACGAUUCUUGGUUGUUUUCCCCAUAAAAAAAUAAUUUCAAAAAUCAAAUAAAGCGAGUGAUGUAGCUUGCAGAAAAGUAGCUAGUCUCCGGUGAAAAUACCAUUUAAAAUUGCGCCCUAAUAAGAUUGAGAAACGCUGAUUUGAGUAUGUAGAAUAUUUGAUAUUAUCAAAAAAAAUUAUAACUCUUGUGGUGUAUAUUUAUAAUUAUAAUUUAAUAUUUAAACCACAAGUCGUAGCAUUUAGUAAAUUGAUCAUUAAAAUAAAAGGAUUUAUAGUUGAACACAUCUCGAAUUUAUUUUGGGGGUGGAAAAAAGUUUAUGAGAAAUGUAAAUAUGUAACGCGGUUCACAAACAUGUAAUAUUUUCCAAUAUAUUUUUCCUUUAUUUCAAUAUACUUAGUACAACUUGGUAAAUCAAAGUUUCAUCGUCGAUGUUAAAUCUUUUUCCCCUUUAGCUUCGCGAGCAAAUAAUAAUUGAGGGAGCCAGAUCAGGGCUAUAAUGUAAAGUUCAAUAUUUUUCAAACCAUAUUCAUGUACAAUACCAUGGAAAGCAAAGCAGUGAUUUUGCCGCGUCUGUUUCCAAUAAUUUUUGGUCGCAACUUAGUAAAUCAAAAUUGUAUGGUUGUAUUUGAUUCCUUAAAAUCAAAAGUAUACCUUCGCAAUUCAAAAAUAUUGUAAUAUAUUUUUCGCGUUUUUGGUAACCUUUUUUGGCACUGUCUCUCCUCUUCGAUGCCACUCGAUAGAAUCUUUUUUGGAUAUUCCGCCACUCGUUACAAUUUAUGGUUUACACUUUCUUGUUGUUGUCAAAUGUCCCAAGCAUAAACAGUACCUAUCUGUUAGAAGUUUAAUUUCAAGUGUGGAAAAACUGGAAGAUAAAAAACGACGUGCAAUGAUCGCCAAGUUUUCUGAACAAAAUCAAGAUCUGAAGAAAUCGUUUACGGUUAAUCACUUGGUAAGAAUUUGGGCAGAAAAGUCAAAAACAUUCUAAAGGAACAGAAUGUAGUUCAAAAAUCGAGAAAAUUUUCACCCAAAUAUUCUGAGAAACAACAAAUGGAACAAACAUCAAAACUAAAAACGAGUUUUCGCCCGAAAGGUAUUUAAAAAGACACAAAAAGUUCUCGAAAGUAUAUAUAUUUUCUCGUGGUCAUUCUUCAACAUAAAUUUGUUUUUCUGAAAAUUCCUUAUCCGCCAAAAUAUAUGAAAAAGAGAUUAAUGCAGUUCAUAAAAAAAUCAUCAUAAAGGAAAUUUUCUCCAUCUUAAACUCGAUUUCUUCCGUCUAUUUUCCUUACACUAAUCCAUACCAUUUUUCUAUCUGUUGAUACUUACUUUCAAGAGGAUUUAACCAGCUUGAUCUAUUAUGUAUUUAUAUGGAAUAGAAUUACAAAUAUUUAGAGGGAUGGAAAACUGUGAAAAUAUACAUUUCUACUUUACAUAUAUCAUUAAAAGUUUCUUUGAUAAUUUGAUAGAAUUUAUAUUAAUGUUUUAAAUAGAGAAAGACAGGAGCAAUCAAUCGAAAGAAUAAGUAAUUGAAUUAUAUCUAUUACUACCUCUAUAUAUAUCUAAGAAUGUUCCUAAUAUGCAUCGACUGAUGCCAAUUGAAAGUUUCUGGAGAAAUAUAUAUGGUAAACAAAACUACACAUGUAUAAUUAAAAGAAAAACAAGUUUGAGAAAACUCUGCAUAAAAUUUGUGAAAUUAUAGUGUAGUAACCAUUGUUCAAUAGAGUAAAUUGCAAACAAUUAAAACAGUUUGUCUUCACACCCUUAGAUCACAUCUAAUAAUUUUAUGAAAUCUUCAUAAUAAAUGAGAUAACAGAGGGAGGAAGACUUGAUGAUCCUCACUGUUUAUAUUUUCGUAUCUUUCAAGCAAAUUAAUAUAGAAAUUGUAUUUUGAUAUGAUCAAAAUAUGAAAAAUCACAUUAGAAAAACUCCUUUAAGAAAAAAUUAAAUAUACAUAUUUUCAAAUUAAAAUUAAAAUAGUUUCAGCAAAUUAUUUUUGAUGUAGUAUUUAUACCCCUCCACCCAAUUGAAACAUUUUUCGACUAUAUAUCCCUCAAAUGUAAGAUGAAUUAAAUUUUCAAAAAUACAGGCUUGCUUGAUACCGUAAAACAAAAUCUUUCAAACCUUAAAGGCCGCUUGACAUGAAGCAACACAACGUGGAAUGCAAGACGCAAAAUUUUUUGAUCAAAAGCAUGCGAAAAUUAAAUUCAGUUGAUUGUUUCCUGCAAGAUCUCGCAUUUCCAUUCUCAACUAAUUUUUCUCGUCUAAUUCUCUAACUAAACUGUCCAUCAGACUCAAAAACCAAGGCGGAGGCAGAUAUAAUUAUUCCCAGUGUUGUGUUACGACCAUUUUUUCCUAUUUAAUUUACUUAAGGAAAUUUGAGAAGGUGCAAUGCAAUGCAAUGCAAUGCAAGACGCAAUAUUUCUUGAUCAAAAGGACGCGCAGAUGAAAUUCAGCUGAUAGUUUCAUGCAAGAUCUUGCA